AUGGGGGAAGAUGCCGCUGCGGCACCGGCUCUCAAAAUCAGCGCAGAACGUCAGUUGAGCCUUCUGGGUAGCUCUGUCCCUCUCUGGCAUGUGGAGGGUGCGCAACUUCAGUGGUCCAUACCGUACGUGCUCGAAAUCAUCCAUGAGGACUCACGUCGGAAAGGUGAUGAGAAUACUCCUGCUGCUUCUCCAGCCAAUCGUCGGAAAAAUUUGAAGCAGGCAUUUUACAGCCGAUCGCAGCAGGUCCAGGUACAGGAAUGGCACAGCAAGAUUUGGCCCGGCGUGCCAUUGCCAAGGCCUCUUCCGUACAAGGUUCGCACAGGGCAGCUCGGAUGUUUGCCAGAGCGCACUGCUCACACGUCAGUGCUGAUUGCCAGUUUGGGCUGGAUGAUUUAUGAUCCAGCGAAGCGUGCAUCCACCGUUCGAAACGCCGCUAGCGUUCUGACGGGGUUGGUUACCAUGUUGUGCAGGAUGGAGCAACAAACACUAGUACUGUGGGACAUGCAGCGGCUGACCCCUGUGCAUUGCAUGUUGAACAGAGAUGGCACCUUCAAUGGGGAUUUGCUCUGGGGCGCAGACUGUGCGCGAAAGCGCUUGUUCUUGGAUAUGUGGCACCGACAGCUUGCAUCUUUGUCAGGAGCAGAACCCCAGGGCCUGGGCGUGAAGACCAUGCCCCACACGCCCCAUGUGGCAGAUGUGAUCGUCUUCGCAUUUAGCAGGACGUGGUAUGACGGGGACGACCCCGACGAUGUCCACGAGGAUGUCAAGGAUGACCAGGGCCUGCGGCUUUGCACGGGGGUGGAACAAAUGCGGCACAUGCCACGCCGGCACAUGCCCUGGCAUGUUUUCUGGGAUGCAUUGGAGAAGCUUCGGUCAGGGAAGGAAGUUUUCAUCAGCGGAGCUGUGAAGGAGUGGAAGAUUUCGUCAUGUGAGUUCGCAAUGAGGGUCACAUAUCUGGCUCGAAUGCGUGCAGAGUUUCAGAAUCAUUCUAUGAUCACGGACACGGACGUGGCCGUGAAGCGUGCGCGAGACCAGGCUUUAUCUGCGGACCACAGCUUGGCGCAGGCAGCUGCAGCCUUGGAGGAAAUAGAGGAAAAGUGCUAUCAGUGCAUCCGUGACAACCACGCUUGGGUGGAGAGAGCAGUGACUCAGCAGUUCGAGGAGGGAUCAACAGGCCCGCUUUUCGCGAUUUGGGCUUUGCGCCUGGAGCGCAGCCGUAUACCUUUCGCGAUUCUGGAGAACACCCCAGACUUCCACGUGAACAUCGUGCACGACAUGCUUUCCCACCUCUACCACAUUUACGAGUUGAUGGUGGACCUCGCAGACGUUGGCCACUCCGGCGCCGCCCGCAAGCGCGUGUAUGUGAUUCUAGUUACCAAGCAGUAUCGCAUCAUCGCAGACCCUCGUCACAUCUACAAGGAGGUCGCGACUUCCAUACGGCAGCGCUUCACCACGAGACCACGCGACUACCUUACUGCAAGCGCACUGGAGAUCAGGCCUUUGAGCUUGAGAACUGAAACGCAGAGAAUGAGACGUCUCAGAGAUGUUGAGUGGCAGCCCGAGCUGGACAACUUGUCUUAUUUGCUUUCCCCCAGAGAACGGGAAGUGAUGACUCGACUAGACCAGACAUACGAACGCUUCUACGGUGUACCUCCGAGCAUGCAGCCGGAUCUCGUGUACUUCUUGGGUGACUCCGCGGAGAGGCAGAACUGGUCAGCCAAGAGUGGCAAGCUGCCCACAUUCCGACGCAAUGCUGUCACUGGAAAAUACUGGUACCCGGCGGCUCGGCGUUGGUUGACGAACCCAGAGAAGAUGCUUGGCGGCACUCCUGAACAUCUCUUCUACCUUCUGGCUUUGGACGCUAGAUUUCAACCACCCAAGCCAUAA